CGACGGCGGCAGGAUCGUGUCGCGGCGACCUUUCAGGAUCCGCUCGGCUUCGGGGCUGCUCCAGGAGGAGGAGAGCGAGGCGCGGCGCGGCGAGCCGCAGGGCCCGCGGGCCGGGCGCAUGGCUUAGGGACGCCCCCUCCCGCAGCGCCCCCAGCAUGGGGAAACUUCACUCCAAGCCGGCCGCCGUGUGCAAGCGCAGGGAGAGCCCGGAAGGUGACAGCUUCGCUGCGAGCGCCGCCUGGGCUCGGAAAGGCAUUGAGGAGUGGAUUGGGAGGCAGCGCUGCCCGGGUGGCAGCUCCGGAUCCCGACAGCUGCGGGCGGCUGGCACCGUUGGCAGAGGAACUCGGGAGCUCGUGGGCGAAGUUUUCAGAGAAACGCUCAGCGAGGAGGAAGAGGAAGACUUUCGGUUAGAAGUGGCCCUGCCUCCCGAGAAGACGGACGGGCUGGCCAGUGGAGAUGAGAAGAGGAUGGACAAGACAGGCGAAUCCUGCCCGGGCUCCAAGAAGCAGCUGAAAUUCGAAGAGCUGCAGUGUGACGUGUCUGUGGAGGAGGACAGCCGGCAGGAGUGGACCUUCACUCUGUACGACUUUGACAACAAUGGCAAGGUCACCCGUGAGGACAUCACCAGCCUCCUGCACACCAUCUACGAGGUGGUCGAUUCCUCCGUCAACCACUCCCCGACGUCGAGCAAGACGCUGCGGGUGAAGCUCACCGUGGCCCCCGAUGGGAGCCAGAGCAAGAAGAGCGUCCUUCUCAAUCACCCCGACCUGCAGAGCACCAGGCCCAGAGCAGAGACCAAGCCCGCCGAGGAGCUGCGAAGCUGGGAGAAGAAGCAGCGGGCCCUUCUCAGGUUCCAGGGUGACAGCCGUCUGGAGCAGUCCGGCUGCUACCACCAUUGCGUAGAUGAGAACAUUGAGAGGAGAAACCACUACUUAGAUCUCGCUGGGAUAGAAAACUACACGUCCCAGUUCGGGCCUGGCUCCCCGUCAGUGGCUCAGAAGUCAGAACUGCCGCCCCGCACCUCCAACCCCGCUCGAUCUCGCUCCCACGAGCCAGAAGCCAUCCACGUCCCACACCGAAAGCCCCCAGGCGUGGACCCCGGCUUCUUCCACUUUCUUGACACCCCAUUCUCCAAGGUCUCGGAGGUCCAGCAGCGGCUCCGGGGUGGUACCCAGGACGGGAGCAAGCACUUUGUGAGGUCCCCCAAGGCCCAGGGCAAGAGCGUGGGUGUGGGCCACGUGGCCAGAGGGGCAAGAAGCAAACCCCCCAUGGGACCUGCUGUCCCUGCGGUGUCCCCAUCCGCCCACCUGGCCGCCAGCCCGGCCCUCCUCCCCACUCUGGCGCCCCUCGGGCACAAGAAGCACAAGCACCGUGCCAAGGAGAGCCAUCAGGGGUGCCGGGGCCUGCAGGCGCCCCUAGCCGUGGGCGGCACCGUCGUGGGGCGGGGCCACGUCAGGGAGCUGCCCGCGGUGGUGGUGUACGAGAGCCAGGCCGGCCAGGCGGUCCAGAGACACGAGCAUCACCACCACCACGAACACCACCACCAUUACCACCACUUCUACCAGACCUAGAGCCCCGCCCCGCCCUUGCCCCACCAUAUGAAGGACCCCCCUCCCCCUGCCCCCAAGGCAUUAUUAUUCUAUUAAUUAUUGUUAUUAUGACGAUUAUUGUUUAUUAAUAAUUAUUGUUACUCCACUAAUAUUCAGCUAGCCUCCAUGUAGAAGAUAUAUGGAAACACAGAACUAAACUUUUAUUUAUAUGUCGUGGGGACUGCAUAACUUACCCAAGAAAUGACUCUGGGUUUGGAAGUGGCCUGUAGUGGCAGAGGCUCCCUGGGGCUCCGGAGCUGCGGUGUCCACGCAGGCCAUUCCACACGCUUCCCAGCCCCGGGCAAGCCCUCGGCCAGAGCUCUGCCCCAUCCCAGUCUCUUCCAGGAGAACACCCUUCCCUGGCCCGGCUUCCAGAGACCCUUGAAAUCUCCGAGAAGAUAAACAGCUGCUACCUCUUAGUAUGAUUCUGAUUUUAUUUUGCCCUUAACUGAUUGUAAUGUGCUACAAGGGAUUUCAGCGGACUGCGCGACCUUCCCAGCUGUUGUGUUUUUAUGUCCCAACCUAGAAAGCUUAGCUGUCCUUUCUGGAAUUAUCUUUCACACCUUUCCAGUGGGAUCACGCCUCUGCCCCAAACCAGUCCCAUCUUUUCUGUCGUGCGCAACAUGAAAAUACAUUUCUCUUUUUUCUCUCCUCCUCCUCUCUUUAGAAAGAUACACACCCAUAUUUAAAGACUACCCCUGAAACCAGCCUUCUCAUUUUGGAAACCUCCGGAGAGGGAACCAACCACACAGACAAGUGUGGUUUUCCCAGAUCGGGCAAUUGUGUGUUGUUGGUUGUGACCGAAGAUGUGGAAACCUGGUGUCCUACCAUUGGCAAAUAUAUACAUACCUACGUGGUUCUCUAACAGAGCUUUCUGUAUCUGUAGAUAGAUGCCCUCUGUCCAUUUCUAUGUAUCUUUCUAUAAAUAUACACUCUCAGGUACCUUU